CUGCUUUUAGCUUCCUUGCCUUUUUGCUUGAUUCACACAGUACAGUUGAAGUCAGUAAAGAAACGUGAAAGCUUGAAGCUUAUAGCAAAUUAAUUUAGUUACUUACUACUUACACACAAAUCAACACAAAGCAAAAUGGCCGAUAAACCAAAACGUCCUCUCUCAGCUUAUAUGCUGUGGUUGAACAGCGCCCGCGAGUCGAUCAAACGCGAGAAUCCUGGCAUCAAAGUCACCGAGGUGGCCAAGCGUGGAGGUGAAUUAUGGAGAGCAAUGAAGGAUAAGUCGGAGUGGGAGGCAAAGGCAGCCAAGGCUAAGGAUGAUUACGAUCGUGCCGUGAAGGAUUAUGAGGCCAACGGGGGUGGUGGUGGCGGUGCGGCAAAUGGAACAGCCAAGAAGCGUUCAAAGCCUGCCAAAAAGCCAGCGAAAAAAAGCAAAAAGGAUGAUUCUGAGGAUGACGACGAUGAGGAAAGCGAGUAAAGCAUUGUUACUUUGUUGGCAUCAUCAAGGAAACCACAAGAACAUCAAUAGUGGACCUCCUCAUUCAGUCAAUCGCAUUUCGUCUAAACUCCACUACCAACAACCCACUCUCCACACUCCACAUACACCAAUCACAUACCCAAAACAAAAAGAUAAUCACAAACCAUAGCAUAGAGACACAAAGGCCCCAAUAAUAUCAAAAGAAACAGAAAAGUUGCUGUCGACAUACGCAACUAAAGAGAAACCAACAGCAACAACAAAAUGAACAUGCAAAAUUGUAUUUAUACAUAAGAGUUUAAGUUUACAGUAGGCGUUUCUUUUAGUAUACACAUUUCAAGAGAGGACAAAACAGUUUUAAGUCGAGCUCAACGCGUUGGAUUAAUUGAUCCUGCCGCAUAAAACAUAAAAAAAUUAAAUUAAAGGCGGCAAAACAAAUGAAAUUGAUCAAUUUGUAUAUCUUGCAUAAAACUUUGUAAAUUAAACGAUAACGUAAUUCCAUUAAAAAUAAUAAUAAAAAAAAAAACAAAAAUCGAAAAAUUAACCAUUGUUCUGAGAAAAUAUCCUGUACGUGAGUAGAAUUUACUCACAGAAACCAACACCACACGAGAGACACUGCUAGGGUCAGCCAAAACG